UUACAUUCUAUACCACGCAACUACACCUUAUAAAUUGGCACCUCAGCUACACAUUCCUUCAUUGGUCCAUGAACAUUCUCUAACAGAAUAUAUAGGGUUUGCUAGACAGAUUGAUCAUCAUGAAGACCGUGCUUGCACUCUUUGUUGCAUUCCUCUUGAUCAUUGCUACUCUGCAAUCCAAUGCAGAGACUCUCAAAGUGGGUGAGCGUAGGCUUAAGGCCAAUCGUCAGCUCCUAAACGAAGCCACAAAAGUUAAUCGAAAGCUUAGCGUUGGUGCUACAAGCACUGGAUCAAAGGACCAAACGGCCCAAGCCGCCAACCAGGGCACAGCUACAAGCACUGAAACUGAGACAGACAGCAACACUAACAACGAUCCUGAUGAUGUGAACCCAACCUAUGGGAACUAUGGACAAGCUACUGGAACUGGCAGUGAAUCUCACCAUUAUUUCACAGAUGAUAAAAGCCCAGGAGCAAAGUCGGAUGAUAAAAGCAAAAGGUACUAAGCUUUAUGUGAUCGGAGAAUGAAGGUAAAAUGUAUAUAUAAUAAAUAUGGUGUGUAAUAAUAAAGUGGAAGCAACACACAACAUGUUAAGGAGCCAAAGCAUUUAUAUGUAUGCAUGGCAUACACAUGUUUAGUUUCACCAUGGUACUGAAGUAAUCAGUGUACUUUUAUCGUUUGUGUCUUAUGGGCUUCUAGCUUGCUUGUUUGCAAACUACAUAUAUGCUGUGAAAUAUAGUUUGCUUUAAAAUAAGAGGACCACGCAUGGUUACCCUA